AUGAGGAGGAAGGAUUUGACAACACAAGAAAGAACUUCAAUUCUUCAAACCUUGCUUUUAGAGUGCAAGAAUGGGAAGCCACCAAGAGGCAAGAUGAAAGCUAUGGAGGAGAAGUUCCAUGUCUGCCGGAAGACCAUUUCUCGCAUUUGGGCUGAAGCAAAACAUCAACAACAGCAAGGUCAGUGCAUAAGUUCACAGAGUAAGAAGAUAUGUAGGCCAAGGAGAAGAAGGGUGCACAUAGACCUAGAACUAAUUGCAAGUAUAGAGUUAACAAAGCGAUCAACAAUUAGAAGGCUAGCAAAAGGCAUAAACUGCAGCAAGAGUACUGUUGGGCGUUGGGUAGAUCAAGGGCUGAUCAAAGCACACACUAAUGCAAUAAAACCUGACCUUACAGCAGCAAAUAAGCUGUUAAGGAUGAGGUUUUGCCUCGAGGCAAUGGAGUAUGACCGGCAGCAAGAUGUAUUGAGGUUCAAGACCAUGCAUAACACUAUACAUAUUGAUGAGAAAUGGUUUUACAUAACCAAAAGUUCUCAAAGGUGGUACUUAACUCCAGCAGAGGCUGAGCCACAUAGAGCUUGCAAAAGCAAAAAGUUCAUCCAAAAGGUGAUGUUUUCGUGCGCAGUGUGCAGGCCAUUGUUUGCUCAAGAUGGUAGUGUGUUGUUUGAUGGGAAGAUAGGCAUCUUCCCAUAUACAGAGAUGGUGGCAGCCAAGAGAUCAAGUAAAAACAGAGUGGCAGGAACUCUAGAGCAAAAGUCAAUAGAGAGCAUCACAAAGGAUGUUGUUAGAGAGGGGUUCAUCAAGCAGCUUGUACCUGCCAUCAAGGCCAAGUGGCCCUCCUUUUACAGCAAGGAUAUCUUUAUACAACAAGAUAAUGCAAGACCACACAUUAGAAAUGAUGACUUAGAGUUUAGAGAGGUUGCAUCAAGUGAUGGUUUCAAUAUCAACAUAAUUCAUCAACCUCCAAACUCACCCGACACCAAUAUCAAUGACCUUGGUUGGUUUAGGGCAAUUCAAAGCCUACAACAGGAGACUGCAUGCUUCAAUGUGGAUGAUUUAGUAAAAGCAGUGGUAUCUUCUUUUGAAGAACUAGACCCUAUGACUUUGAAUUGUGUUUUUUUAAGCUUACAAGGUUGUAUGCUAGAGACUUUGAAGGUGAAGGGGCAGAAUUGCUACAAAUUACCCCAUAUGAAGAAAGGCUCGUUGAUUAGACAAGAUAGGCUGCCACUAUGUUUGGAUGUUCCACAACAACUUGUGAGUGAAAGCAUAGCACAUUUGGAAGAAAAAGGUGAAGUUGAAGGCAUUGAAGAACUUAAACAGAGAUUGGGAAUUCAUGAAGCAACAUUAGAUGGCAUUGAAUCACAGUUCAAUGCCCUAAUGUUACUUGACUAAUGACAAGGUACUCAAGUCUCUUUUUUUGUGGUUUUGUAAAUGUGUACAGCAACCUAUAGUAGGGCUGGCAGUGUGUUUUUUUGUUUUUGGAAAUAUGUACACACACAUGGUAAAUGAUUUAGUAAUGGUGAAUGCUUUAGUUCGCCCUCUUGCCUAGCUACCAUCACUACAUAUGAAGUAGUGGGCAACAAAACAAGUUGCAGAACCAUUGAAAGCAUGAUUUAGUGAGCAACAACAGCAACCACCACCCAAGAACAGUUUGAACCAUCAACCACAGAGCAACAACAGAAACCACCACCCAAGAACAGAACAGCAAGUGGCAAUCAGCCCACAUACAGAGCAAGAAGUGGCAAUCAGCCCACAUACAGAGCAACAACAUCCACCACCACCCAAAAACAGAACAUCAAGUGGCAAUCAGCCCACAUACAUAGAAACAACAGCCGAAGCCACCAAAUACAGAUCACACAAUAGCCAUCAACACCAAUACAAAGCUACAACAGCCAUACCCAACAUCUCAUAGCAAUAAAGAAAUCAUAGAUGGCCUUAAUUAAAUUUGUAUGUGCAUUAUUUCAUCAUUUCAGCAUUGACAACACCAACACAGCCCUAGUACUCUUGCAUGCAAUCAAUUAACCCAGAGACAACAGUCACAUAACAAAGGCAAAAUGGAAGAUCUCACCCGAAACAUCAUUGGGUAAAAAAUGGCGAGCAGUUUAAGGUGGGCGUUGGAUGCAGUGUGCCAAGACUGAAUUGGUUCAACUGAUUUCAUCGCCAAUUCAUCCGAACUCGCCUCCAAUUCCUCCAAUUCCUCGAAGCUAGGGUUUGCCUCGCUCAGAAAAUCAUUUCCCCAAGAUUCAUAACAAAAGAGGUCAAGAUCUCCCUCAAUUUCAGACGAUGUAGUACCACACAAAGGUAUUGAGUGAGAAACGUACGAUUUCAUCCUUGCGGGGCAAGGGCGUCGAAAGAUCGGAGGUCGGAAAGGAGGGGGCGAGCGCCGAUCUGCCGCGUCGUCUCUAAUCUCUUCGCAAUCUGACUCGCCGACACCACUCUCCUCGGGUGACGGCGGCGACGUCUCCGACAUGGAGAAAGGGAAGUACACCG